CCGCCACUCUUUCACUCCAAUUCCAAAGCUUUCGUUCCAAAAUCCCCUAUUCACCAAAUCAUCUUUUUCUUCACAUUAAUUUCACCAAAAUCCCCAAAUCACCAAAUCUAUUUGCAAAAAAAAAUUAUAAGUGUGAAAUUGCUACUCCCUUUCGCAUCUAGCUUCCACCAAAUUCUCGAACCCUUGUCGCCGCCCCAGCUUUCUCCGACCGCCGCUCCAGCUUUCUCCGACCGCCGCUCCAGCCUUUCCUGGCCACCGUCGGCUCGCCCCGCCGCCGUCGGGUCGCCCUGCCCUGUCUCCUUCGAUUGACAGUCCGCCGCCUUCCACCAAAUCUCGAACCCUUGUCGCUGCCCCAGCUUUCUCCGACCGCCGCUCCAGCCUUUCCUGGCCGCCGUCGGCUCGCCCCGCCGCCGUCGGCUCGCCCCGCCGCCGUCUGCUCGCCCUGCCCUGUCUCCUUCGAUUGACAGUCCGCCGCCUUCACCUAGCCUUUCCCGGACGACUCCGUAGCAGCAGCAUUUUCCAACGCCAAGUUCCCAACGAAAGGUAAUGCUAUUUGUGUGUUUUGAGAAUUUGUUGUGAGAAUUUGCACUUAUAAAUUUGUCUAUUUUUUCUUUUUCGCUUUCUCUGUAUUUUUUUAUACAAUUUUGUCUGGAUUUGAACUUGAAGCCCUCCGAAAAUAAGUUUUUGUUUGGCAACGCCGCUCCUGCCGUCGAUUGCUUUUUCUGAUUUUGCGAGAUGAUUUUAUUCAUUUAGCUAGCACUCAUGCAUCCAUCAUUCAAUUCAUCCUUUGUACAGUGACUUGUUUGAGAACACAUGUGACUUGUUUAUAGAAACAAAGCAAAGUCUUAUUUGAAGAUGAUUUGUAGCAAUGGUUGUAGCUAGGAGGAAUAGAAUGUUGUAGGGUGAAUCUGCAACUCCUUAGGACUUGUCUGAUACUUCUGGGCUUACACUUAGUUUUUAUUAAUGCUAUAUCUAGGAAAUUCACUCCAAACACGUGUGAGUUUGUGUCUUCUAUUGAAUGCACCUGUUGCCUUAUUCUGCUUCUUCAUUGAUCUGUUUGUGCUUCAUUGGAGCUGUAAUGAGUUAUAGAAUGUAUAUCUAUUCUUAUUGUUAUGUUCUUUUUUCUGGGUGCUCAACUGCUGCAUAUAAAGGAAAGCGUGCAGCUGCAUUGGAGAGAAGUUCCUGCAGAUGUGAAACAGGAGAUCUGGGAAACGGUGAAGUUAUCUUACAAUGUUCCUGAUGGAUGGAAGGCUUCUUGUUUGGAAUCAGCAAAUAAUAAGUGGCGAUCAUGGAAAACUCGUCUGUAUAAUGACUUUAUUGUGCCAAACAAAAAUGAUGCAGCAAAGUUGUAUACACCACCGCCGGAUACUGGAAUUCUACGAGUGGACUGGAGUCAGUUUGUCAUAACUCGAAUUACAGAUGAUUUUAAGAAACUGAGUGAAAAGCAAAAGGAGAGAAGGAGUAGUUGACUUGCUGAUUUGCAUUUAUCCAUCGCUAACGGACUUCUGAUGGUGGCUGCUUCUCUAUUUUUCUAUCAAUUCCUCAUUCUUUCUUCAUGAGAUUUGCCAACGAGGUAACAGUCCCUUUUUGAGUAUUCUGUUGACAAAUAUAUACCACAGGGUUAAUUAGUUUGGAAGAUUUUUGUCAAUUAUUUGUUCUUUGAUAAUUACAUGAAAUGAUCUGAUAUACUUAUGUAUAUAGAAAAGGGAUUGGACUUCAAUAAUUACACAUGUGGAUGGAAUUGGAUUCUGGGACGCUCGUAGAGCAUUUUGGGUUUUCCUUUCACUAUUUGUAUCUAUUCAAAUAUUCUUGUAUAAUAUUAUUACAUUUGUUGAAAGUUAUUAUUAUGUUUACAUUUUGCUUUGUUA